AAGGGAACUUUCUAGGAAUUAUUAAAAGAUCUAUUUCCAUCCACACAUCCAAAAUUUUCAUAGCAUAGCCCAGCCCACACGUUUGAAUAUCCACAAUAUAGCUUUAACCCCUUAGUCCAUAAAUACACCUAGUCCCUCCCUUUCUUCUAACUUCAUAUUUACCAACAAAAAAAAAAACUUUUUUAUAAUUUCUUCUCAAACUGUGAAACAUGAAGGAUACUAUAAUUCUAUACCCUGCUCUUGGUAAUGGACACUUAAUGUCCAUGAUUGAAUUAGGCAAACUCAUAGUAACCCACCACCCUUCAUUUUCCAUCACUAUUCUCAUCCUCAUACCACCCACCAAUAACAACAAUAACCAACACACACUUUCUCAUACACAACAAUACAUUGCUUCUGUUACAACCACAUUCCCUUCAAUUAAUUUUCACUACAUUCCUACAAUUUCAUUACCAUCAACCCAUUUUCCACCACACUUUCUCACCCUUGAACUCUCUCACCAAAGCAACCACCAUGUUCAUAAUAUUCUACAAUCAAUUUCCAAAACCACAAACAUCAAAGCUGUUAUCUUGGAUUUCCUCACCUAUAGUGCCUCACAAGUAACAACCACACUUGAAAUCCCCACUUAUUUUUACUACACUUCAGGUGCUACUGUUCUUUCUGUUUUUCUUCAUUUUCCAACUGUUCAUCAAAAUGCUACAAAACCAAUUAAGGAUCUUCACAUGCCUCUUCAAAUUCCUGGAUUACCAAUGAAUAUUUCAACAGAUGAUUACCCUGAUGAGGCUAAGGAUCCUGAGAUUAAAGUGUACCAUGUUCUGCUUGAUUCCGCAAAAACGAUGAGGGAAUGUGAUGGAAUUAUUGUGAACACUUUUGAUGCUAUUGAAGAAAAAGCUAUUAAAUCUUUAAAUGAAGGGUUAUUUGUUCCUGAUGGAAUUUCUCCUCAGAUUUUCUGUAUUGGACCUUUGAUUACAACUCCUUAUGGUGGAGAUGAAAAUAGGUGUCUGAGUUGGCUCGACUCGCAACCGAGUCAAAGCGUCGUGUUUCUAAGUUUUGGAAGUAUGGGGAGAUUUUCUAAGGCUCAGUUGAAUGAGAUUUCUUUUGGGUUGGAGAAAAGUGAGCAGAGAUUUUUGUGGGUCGUUAGGAGUGAGUUGGAGUUAGAUGAGUUGAGUUUAAACGAGUUGUUGCCAGAAGGGUUUUUAGAAAGAACGAAGGAAAAGGGAAUGAUAGUGAGAAAUUGGGCCCCACAAGGUGAAAUACUGAGUCAUGACUCAGUUGGUGGGUUUGUGACUCACUGCGGGUGGAACUCAGUGUUAGAGGCUGUUUGUGAAGGAGUGCCUAUGCUGACGUGGCCUUUGUAUGCAGAACAAAAGCUGAACAAAGUGAUUUUGGUUGAAGAAAUGAAGGUGGCUUUGGAAUUGAACGAUUCAAAAGAUGGAUUCGUGAGUGGAAAUAAGUUGGAGUACCGAGUUAAGGAAUUGAUGAACUCAGAUAAAGGAAAAGAGAUUAGGAAAAGGAUAUUCGAGAUGAAAAUAAGUGCUAAAAAGACAAAAGAAGAAAAUGGAAGUUCAAUUAUUGCUUUAAAUAAGUUGACUAGAUUGUGGAAUGGGAAUAAAGAUAAUAUAUGAUAGAUUGAGUAAACUACCAAGUGAUAAUUUGUGAUAUGGAUAAUAUUGUUGUCCCUAUCUCAUUCAUCUUGUUAGAAUUUGUGGAGUCUUCACCCCACCAACAUAUAUAUAAGAGCUUUUAAUUUAAUUUAA